GGUUUCUUCGUCGUCGUCAUUAGCCCAUUUUGAGGCGUUGGAUGUCAUCUUGGCCUAUAUACGUGCGUAAUGGUGUUGUUAUAGACGAGCGGCUAGGUAUGGGAGGAAAAGCCUUCAUAAGGUGCAUAUUGCUGCACUUUCAAUAUAUCCGAUAGCACGUGACACCGCAUGUUAGAGCCGCUUUAACAUCAUUAUCCAUGCAAGCCUAAUGCUCUCCGACGGCUUUCCGGGGCUGUGGUCACUGUCCUGCCGUGUGGAGUGGUCUUGGUCGAUCAUUGAAUAUUUAUUACCAAGCAACAUUGACUCUCCAUGUUUCGAAGGCAUACUAUUCCAUUCUAACUACUGUAACACCCAACACAAAAGUCGCUUUGCGAUCAACACAACAUAAACAGCAUCUGCAAGUCGAGGGUCCCGCUCAACAGUCAUGGGAAGCAUAGGGAUUGAGCCGUUUCAGACCACGUUUGCCGUGCCUUUGCACUGCGACUCUUGUGUUAAGGAUGUUACUGGAGCACUAGAGAAAGUUGAAGGCAUUAACAAAAUCGACUGCAAUCUAAAAGAUCAACUUUUCUAUAUUGAAGGAACGGCGGCUCCGUCAUCUAUCGUAUCAGCCAUUGAAUCUACCGGACGAGAUGGGAUCUUGCGCGGAAGUGGGAACGCCAACUCUGCUGGGGUGUGUAUUCUGGAAACUCAUGCGAAUUCCGUGUCAGAUCCGGUGCGAGGGCUGGCAAGGAUGGUCCAAGUGUCGGACAAUCGAACACUUGUAGACUUGACAUUACGUGGCGUGUCUCCCGGAACAUAUCACGCUACCGUGCGGGAGAGAGGCGACAUCUCACGUGGUGCAGUUUCAACUGGCGGGAUUUGGGAAGCAAUCAAGUCUUUGGGAGGCUUCAAUCAGCCUCGUGGGGUGUUUGGUAAGGUCGAGGUAGGCAACGAUGGCCGAGGAAGCGCAUUCCUGGAUCGGCCUGUAUCAAUAUGGGAGAUUAUCGGUCGCAGCAUGGUCGUGUCGAAACAACAAGAGGGCCCGUUUCAGCACGAUGACCCAGAUACCCUAGUCGGAGUGAUUGCACGCAGCGCAGGUGUCUGGGAUAACGAUAAGACUGUCUGCAGUUGUUCAGGGAAGACUGUAUGGGAAGAACGCAAGGAGCAGAUAGGAAGAGGCAUGAUAUGAUGUAAUGUACGCUGGUGAUGUGAUGCCUAUAGAAAAAAAUAUUAUCGAUCACUGUGCAUAUUGA